AUGCCAUCCAUGAACCUUGCGAUGCCGGUCAACGUACCGGAUAAUAUGCCACAUCUUAGCAGCGUCAAAGCAUGGUGUCAUAUUGUACAGGCGGUCCUUACGUUGUUGGUGAUUUGUGUUGUAGCACCAGUGAUCGCUACCGAGAUCAAAUUCUAUGGAGGCAGUCAAGCAGCCCCAAAUUGGACAUUGUUUGUUGCUAUAUUCACGUGCUGGAUUCCAGGGUUGCUUGUAUACUUUCCUUGGGCAUACGAUCGACAAAACAAAUUCAAACGAAUUGCCAAAUUUUGCAUGAAACCAAGAACAUCGUUGAUAUUCACAGCAGCAGGUUCCUUCCUUUGGGCAGCUGCAGGCAUUGCUAUGACCGUACACGCCAACAAACCAGAACACUGCACACUUGACAGCAGCCGUGCAAGAUCAGAUGAUGCGUAUGCAUCUGCAUGGCCAGCACAGUGCAACUGUGCUAAAGCAGCAGCGGCGUUUUCUUGGUUCUUACUGCUCAUGUGGUUAGCCACACUUGCUUGCAGUAUUAUCCUAUUUUGGAAUGAAAAACAAUUAGCACACAAGAAUCUCAAGGAAUUUAGACAAAAUGAACAACAACAUCAACAGCAGCAGGAGGAAUAUGAUGAAGAGCAAGCUACCGAGCCCUUGCAUUCACCAGCUGAUAAACAUGAGAUACCUCCUCCUGCUAUGAGUAACAUUCCCAUCGACAGCGUGCAACAACCGCUUUAUGCACCCUCCACAUCACCCCCACCUCCACCAGUAGCAGCUCAUGGUGGUGGUUAUUAUCAUCACACGCCCGAACCACCAAUGACUUCCUUUACACCUGAACCACCUUUCAUACCGCCACAGCCUACAGCAUCCACUACACCCGCUUUUAACGCCAUGCCCCAACCUUAUUACCAUCAACAACCUUAUCCCUAA